CAUCUCACCCGUUCAAAAUCUUGUGGCCUUUGCCACUUGCGCGCAGACACCGCCUCUUCCUCCGCACUAUAUAUACGCAAACACCGCACCCUUUGUUUCUCAUUCAAUUGUUUUUGGUUUACGAAGUCUCUCACAGGUUCUUUCUCUCUCACAGUUGCUUUCUGCGUUGGUUGUUGCUAAGUCUUCAUCAAGCAAAGUACAUGGUUGAUUUGGAAAUUCAGGUUCCCACCCCUUUUGACCCAUUUGCUGAGGCUAUAGAAUCGGAUGCACCGGGGGCCAAAGAGUAUGUGCAUAUACGAAUUCAACAAAGGAAUGGAAAAAAGAGCUUAACCACUGUGCAAGGGCUGAAGAAGGAGUUCAGCUACGAGAAGAUAUUGAAGGACCUCAAGAAAGAGUUCUGUUGCAACGGGAAUGUUGUUCAGGACAAGGAGCUUGGCAAGAUAAUCCAACUCCAAGGUGAUCAGCGCAAGAACGUUUCUCAGUUCCUUGUACAGGCUGGCCUUGUUAGGAAGGACCAGAUCAAGAUUCAUGGUUUUUGAACAAGGACUUGGUUGUGCUGUUUGAAGUUGUUGGUGGAUGAUUUGUCAUUUGGGAUUGUCUUUUAUUUUCUUUCUAGUUUGAUGAUAUUGGAAUAAGUCUGGUUUGGUUUUCCUUUCUUUGUGUUUUUUCGUUGAAAAGAAUUUAUGAUUGAAUUCUAUGGAUGUUGUUGAUGAACUUGAAUGUAUGCGAGGCACCUUACAAAUAAUACUUGAUGAUUUGGUUUCUAGGA